AGCCCGCCCCCCGCUCGCCCUCCGCCGGCCGGCUGGAGCGGCCAUGGAGGUCUACAUCCCGUCCUUUCGCUACGAGGAGAGCGACCUGGAGCGGGGAUACACGGUGUUUAAGAUAGAAGUGCUAAUGAAUGGAAGAAAACACUUUGUUGAAAAAAGAUACAGCGAAUUUCACGCCUUGCACAAAAAGCUGAAGAAAUGUAUAAAAACUCCAGAAAUCCCUUCUAAACAUGUUAGGAACUGGGUCCCAAAGGUCUUGGAACAACGGCGACAAGGUUUGGAAACAUACUUACAGGCUGUCAUUUUGGAAAACGAAGAGCUUCCCAAACUGUUCCUCGAUUUCCUAAACGUGCGACACUUGCCCUCGCUACCAAAGGCAGAGAGUUGUGGAUCUUUUGAUGAGACGGAAUCUGAAGAAUCAAGCAAACUGUCCCACCAGCCGGUGCUGCUGUUCCUCAGGGAUCCAUUCGUCUUGCCUGCAGCCAGCGAUUUUCCAAAUGUGGUUAUUGAAGGGGUCCUCCAUGGGGUAUUUUACCCCCAUCUACAGCCCAGGGCCAUGUUGCCUAGAACUGCAUACCUUUCAACACUAGAAUCAGUCACCCUGCGCCCUCCAGGAUGCUUGUCUUCUGAGAGACCGACGUGAACUAACUUUACCUGAGGAGAUGCCACAGUGGUAGCACUUGGUUUCCUCAAGGUUCUUCCACCCUCAUCAGGGUUUACUCUUUCAUUCAACUGGUGAGAUUUUCAUGGGAUUCAUUGUUAUUUUCCUUAUUGUUUCCUUUUCGCUGACCUCCUAUGUGGAAUUGAUGUAAGUUCAACGAAUGAGCUGACCCCACUGUACAUCUCACUGACAUUCAUAUUUUCAGUAGUAAAGGACAAAAGCAUAUAUACAGACUUUAUAUAAGUAUGUGCUGUAUGGGGGCAUUUCAUCGAAAACUGAUUAAUAGUUAGCCUAUUUAUGGUUAUUCAUUUUACUAAGCAUCUGUGUGGGAGAAAAAUAUUUGGGUUCAAAAUGAAUAACUAAAUCAUGGUUUUUGGUUAGGAUCUAAAUAUACGGGUUUCAAGCCUGCUGCGGACUUUGAGAGAUAACGUUUAUGAUAGAUGUGUUACUUCAUGCUAGAAACAGGCAAGGACUCUGUAAUCUAGUGUCAUGAACCAAAAAUAACUGAAUACUCAUGUGUGGGAGAUAUUUUUUAAAUGUUUUGUUGUUAGCUAUUUUGAGUUAAAUAAAAACAAAGAACAAGAA